CCCGCGGGGAGCAGUGUUGAUGAUUUGACGGGAGACAUUCACAGUUAGGGCGAGUGGGCGCAGUGACGAACAAGUCCUCCCCGACCCCUGUUUGCAGUCUGCAUGAAGAGGACCCUGAGGGAUGCCAUUGGUUGCCCAAUCCUUUGGCGUUGGCGAAGCGAUCCACUAUUGUGAGUGCGGAGAGACCCCUCAUGAGAUGGGAUGCGCUUUGGGAGUUGGAGGUUGGCAAUGCGCUCCGCCUCUGCGAUGCGCCGACCACCAACCCCCAUGCCGUUCCCCCCCCCCGAUCCGCAAAACUCCGCGUCUUGUAGAAAAUGUCCGCUUUUCCCAUCUCAUUGACCCGCUGCUUUCCUUCAACCAACAUCUCCAGAGACCAUCAUCGACCCUUGUUUUAUGUUUUGACAGACCGACGCACCUCGAUGCACCCAGCUCUCACAAUUGCGGCCCGACCCCUCCCCCCAAUACAAAUAGGCAGCCCGCAGGCAAAUCCACACACAUUUGAUUCGCAUUUUCUCCUUGGAAAUUCUGCGAUCAUAGAGAAUCGUCCCAAAGAAUCGCCAAAAUGAUUAGCAACAGAGAGAUCCCCAAGCACGCUGAUUUGCAGCCCUACAACUUCGCCGUCGCUGGACACGAUGGCACACUCUGCGAUCCCGAAGGCGAGCUCUUCAUCAAGCCCUGUGUCCAGCAAGAAAUCGACUUUUACGAAAAGGCCUUCAAGGACCACCCCGCCUUUGCCGACUUGAUGCCCGAGUAUCUUGGCACCCUCGUCCUGAACGACGCAUCCGAUGUCCACGAUAUCGAGGAGCAGAUCCCCGCGGCUGUUGAGCAUAUGACCCAGCACUUCAAGGAGGAGGCUGUCCGCAUGGCCAAGCAACACGCUGCCGACGUCGCGGCGGCCGAGGCUGCCAAGGAGGCAGAUGCGCUGGCUGCUAGCAAGGACAAUGUCUCCUGGAAACCCAACAAGAGCCGCAAGAUUGCCACGGACAAGUCAGUGGUGUUGGAGAAUGCUGCCUACGGGUUCAAGCGCCCCAAUAUUCUGGACGCCAAGCUUGGUCAGAGACUUUGGGCAGACGAUGCGCCCAUGGAGAAGCGCAAGCGGUUCGACGAGAUCACCAAGGUCACCACAAACGGAUCGCACGGUUUUCGCAUCGCGGGCAUGCGCGUAUACAAGGGGGGGGAGAACCCAGACGAGUGGGACCAGGAAGGCUACAAGGUCUAUAACAAGGACCAUGGCAGGCUGGUGGUCAACAAGGACAACGUUGUGGAUGAGAUUCGCAAAUUCAUCUUUAACCCGCGAGCGAAUAUCGACGAGGACCUUGGGCGGGCUGUGGCCGAGGCUUUCGUCAACGACCUGAAGAGAGUGGAACAGGUCCUUGCCAGCUCAGAAACAAGAAUGUACUCGGCCAGUCUGCUGUUUACAUUUGAAGGAGACGGUGAUGCGCUCAGGGCGGCCAUCGAGAACCAAACGCCAACAACCCCACCAAAGGAGGCUACCGAGAAGGAACCUGUUCCCCUCGCGUCCCGCGUUGACAGCGGCAUCGUUAUGGACGGUGAAGGAGAGAUUAUCCUGCCGCAGGGGAAUGGUACCACGAUUAAUGGAGUCAUUGAGGGAGACGUCAAGGUCCUCCAGCUCGCCGGGGAGGCGGAGAGCGAUGACGAAGAGUUUGCCUCACUGCCAAAGAUCUACUCGCUCAAGCUGAUCGAUUUUGCGCAUGCCACCUGGGUUCCUGGGCAAGGACCAGAUGAGAACAGCCUUUUUGGCGUUAGAAGUCUUAUCAAGAUUUUUGAGGAGUUGACGAAAUAAAGGGAAAAAAAGACCAUAGACGAAUUCCGGCGCAUAGAAAGAGUGGUGCAUAUGCAUAUGGGAAUCUCAUGAUAAUGACCGGGGGAAAGGUAAACAUGAUCUCGGGAUCUUGGAGACAGAUAGCGUUGAAUUUCGAAUACCCACUUCCGUACAUUUCAGCGCAGAUUUACUCUUCUCAAUCUUUUGGUUCAGUCUGUGUCACAUUUCGGGAAUGUUAAA